AUGGCAACUGAAGGACUUUUAUCAGCAGAAACUGAUCAAGAUGUUGCUCGUUUCUUGGCAAAUUUCCCCCCAACAGAGUGGGGUUAUAGCUUCGCUUCACUUCUUCCACAAGAUUCUGAAUUCGAGUCACACACCAAAGAGUUGGAUCUUGUUAAGGAAAAAGUGAAGGAUAUGCUAAUGCAAUCUAGAAAGGAGUUAACUGAGAACAUUGAGUUCGUCAACUGCCUUUGCCGUCUUGGCGUAUCUUAUCAUUUUGAGAGUGAAAUCAUCGAGCAACUCAGUCAUAUUUUUAUUUCACUUCCCAAAAUCCUUGAAGAGAAUGAUUACAGCCUCUACAUAUUGACACUUCUAUUUCGUGUUCUAAGACAACAUGGAUACAAAAUGCCAUGUGAUGUAUUCAACAAAUUCAAGGACAGCAAUGGAGAGUUCAAGAAAUGUAUGACUGCUGACGUGCGAGGCCUCCUUAGCUUAUACGAAGCCACCUUUCUAAGUGUGCAUGGAGAAGAUAUUUUAGAUGAAGCACUUGCUUUUACAAGGCAACACUUGGAAACCUUAGCUGAGAAAUCAAGCCCUCACCUUGCAAGACAUAUCAGGAAUGCACUGCACCUCCCAUUUCACCACGCCCCAGAAAGAUUAGAAAUUCUGCAGUAUAUAUGUUUUUACGAAGGAGAGAAGUCGAUGAAUGAAACUCUCCUUAAGUUUGCAAAGUUAGAUUUUAAUAGACUGCAAUUACUUUAUAGGAAAGAGCUAGGCUUACUUUCAAGGUGGUGGAAAGAUAUAAAUCUUACGGAGAAACUUCCAUAUACAAGAGACAGAAUUGUGGAGGCCUAUGCAUGGGCAGCUGGAAUCAUAAUCGAUCCUCAGUUUAGUCGUGCUAGGUUGCAGUUCGCUAAGCAUUUAAUAUUGAUAUCUGUGAUGGAUGAUACAUAUGAUUCAUAUGGUACAUUUGAUGAACUCAAACAUUUCACAGCAGCAUUACAAAGGUUCACAUUUGAACCUACUACUGAGCUACCAGAGUACAUGAAGUUUUUGUACAACAUUCUCUGGAAUUUUUUCCAGGAAACGGAGAAAGACGAGACUCAAGGGUGUGCAUGCAAAACAUCUUUUGCGAGAGAGAUGUUGAAAGAGGUGGCAAGAUCCUAUUUUGCUGAGGCAGAAUGGUACAAUGAUGGGGUUCUGCCCACAUUCGAUGAGUUCAUGCAAUUUGGAUUAGUUUCCAGCACUUUUGACUAUCAUGCAUCAGCAUUUUUCCUUGGAGUAGAAGAUUUAGGAAUGAAGGAAAUUAUCUGGCUACGAGAUAAUCCAACAAUUGCUAAAACUGCGAAGUUGUUUGGUCGUCUAUUCAAUGAUAUAGCAAUUCGAGAGGACGAGCAAAAGAAGGGAGACUAUCCUUCAGCCAUCAAGUGCUACAUGAACGAUCAUGACGUCUCGCUAGAGAAAGCGAAGGAAGAUAUACUCAAAAUGCUUGAAGAUGGAUGGAAGGAUAUGAAUGAAGAAUUGAUGAAACCAACAAUUGUUCCAAAGAUUCUUACCAAGUUUUCAAUUAACUUUGCACGUAUGUCAGAUUUCAGUUACAGAGGAGGCAUCGACAAGUACACAUGUGGAACAGAGCUGAAAGAGUCUGUCAAAAAAUUGACCAUCUUUCCACUACAAAUGUAA